UUCAUUCCUUGCCUUUCUUACAAACUUGAACAAAAUGGUCUUAUUCAUUCCUUGCUUGCAACAAGAGGGAAACUCAAAAAUAAAAACCGUGUCUCAGGCCAAAGCGCCUGUUUAGACUUAGCACCACUUCAAAUUCACGUAUCUUUUAUAAACAACAUGCACACCGACGACUUCUCUGAACUUCCCAAUUUUUCUCUUCUCAACAACACGAAUGCUAGCGACUCCAUUGAAGCCGCCAUCUUAAGAGGAAGGGAUGCUCUGCCUAGUCAUUUCUUGUUCAAAAUCGAGUCCUUCUCAUUACUAGAAGAUUCAAUUGAUAUAUACAGAACAAGCCAAUUUGAAGCAGGGGGUUUCAAAUGGAGAUUGCUGAUAUACCCAACAGGGGACUCUAGCAAAAACGCGGAAAAUCAUAUCUCCAUUUACCUGGAAUUGAUGGAGACAAGUUCUCUCCCUGCAGGAUGGGAAGUCAAUGUGAUUUUCAAUUUUCUAAUAUUCAAUCAGCUUCAAGACAAGUAUGAUAGUCUCCAAGGUAAAGUGCUUAAAGACUAACCGCAGAGCUCAUACGAGGAUCUAUUGUUUAUAUGAUUCGUUUGCAUCAACUUGUGGUGCCACAUAUUCUCUCUUACUUUGACAGGGUAAAUUAUACAGAUAGAAUGACGAUAAAUCCAGUGCCUAAGUUUAGA